AUGUCUCAAGCAUUGAUACGACGACCAUGGCAGGCCAUACUCGCCGCAAUUUUGCUUUUCUUCCUGGUCUUAUUAAUUAGCAAGUCACAUGUUCACAGUGGCAUUCCAUCGACUCUGGGAUUUUCUCAAUCUGGUCUUUCAUCACCUGUCGCCAUUAAUCAGACUCUUGGGUUUCAGCAGAUAUUUGUGGUCAGCUUGCCAGAGAGAACCGAUCGUCGAGAUUCAAUGAUAUUGGCGACUGCUUUGAGCGAUAUCAAAUUUGACUUUAUCGAUGCUAUACAUGGCGAUCAAGUACCAGAUAGAGCUAUUCCUUUUGGCACGGGACGUUCGGCGGCUGGCGGUGACAGCAACAUAGGAUCAUGGCGAGCACAUAUGAACGCCAUUAGUGAAGUUGUCCGAAGGAAUCUAACAACGGCGCUGAUACUUGAAGAUGACGCUGAUUGGGACAUUCGUAUCAAAGAUCAACUUUACGACUUUUCUCGGUCGUCCCGAGCUCUCAUCCAGCCUUUGGCAUCGGACAGCAGAGCCUAUGCAGACUCAACUUACCCAACACCGUCGAGUCCGGAUGCUUUGCCUUCGAAAGACCUUGAUUUUUACGAUUUGCCGUCUACUCUUCAACCAUCAAAGUCCCCAUACGGCGAUGAAUGGGAAAUGCUUUGGCUGGGACACUGCGGAAUGAAUUUUCCGGUCAAAGGAAUGGGAGGAGAUGGUAGGGCGGAUUUGAUACCAAAAGGCAGAGUCGUUCGUCUAGACGAUCAAACUGUUCCGGAAACACAAUUUAUGUAUUCUGUGUCUGAAGUCAAAGAUCUUACACAAUACCCCAAUCAUACACGAGUUGUCUCUCAUGCCGGCGAUGGAAUAUGCUCACUCGGCUAUGCUGUUACACAGGCUAGCGCUCGCCGGCUGUCGUACCAUCUGGGUGUUACAGAGAUAACAGGGCAGUUUGAUAUUAUGCUCAAGCAAUUCUGCGACGGAACAGCUGGGAAAGGACAUCACAACUGUCUGACUGUGCGACCAGGACUAUUCCAACAUCACCGUCCUGCAGGAUUGAAAGCAUAUAACAGCGACAUCUCUGAUCACGGCCAGGAAGUCAGAAAGAAAGCACGAAGUGACAACCUGAGAUGGCCUGUAAGGACGAAUUUCGAUGCCUUGUUAGCAGGCACCACCGAUUACAAAGAUCAAUUUCCAGACACGGCUGGCUGA